AUGGCAGAGCACCGCUUCGACCCCACAUUCACAGACAAUGUCAUCAACGCGAUGGGACCCAAGACCAGCCCGCGCUUGCGGAAGCUCAUGGCCGGCCUGAUCAGACACAUGCAUGACUUCGCACGUGAAGAAGAGCUCACCGUCGACGAGUGGAUGGCCGGUGUGAAGAUGCUCAAUUGGGCCGGACAGAUGAGCGACGACAAGCGGAAUGAGGGACAGUUGGUGUGCGACGUACUGGGACUCGAAUCCCUCGUUGACGAAAUCACCUUCACUCUCGCUAAAGAAGCCAAUGAUGCGCCUACAGCCACCGCAAUCUUGGGUCCGUUCUUCCGCGCUGAUACUCCGUACCGCGAGAACGGCGAGGACAUUGUCAAGACCAAGCCUGCAGAUGCUGAGAUGGCCUUCAUGCACGGUCGCGUUUUGGACUUCCAGACCAAGAAGCCCCUUGUCGGCGCCACGGUCGAGGUGUGGCAGGCUUCCACGAACGGCUUGUACGAGCAGCAAGAUCCCGAACAGGUUGAGUUCAACUUGCGUGGCAAGUUCAAGACGGAUGAGGAUGGCAGGUACUCGUUCUACUGCCUGCGCCCAACGCCGUACCCCGUUCCCAACGAUGGUCCAGCUGGCAAGCUACUUGAACUGAUGGAUCGCCAUCCCUUCCGCCCUGCUCAUAUUCACGUCAUUGCUACAUACGAUAAUUACCGUCCUUUGACGACACAGAUCUUCGACCGCAAUGAUCCGUAUCUUGAGAAUGACUCGGUGUUUGCUGUGAAGGACUCGCUCGUUGUGGACUUUGUGCCUCGCACGAAUGAUCCUCAAGCUGCUCUUGAGCUCAACUAUGAUAUCAAACUGGCUCCGUUCGAGCCUACUAAUGCAGCAUAA